ACUAACUAAUGAACUAAAUUCUAUAUACUAUUGCAUAUUAGAAUCACAUGAUUUAUCUCAAAAGCUAGACUUUUUCUCAACACACAAGUGCUAUUUCAGUUUCAGUUGAGAGAGCAAAAGAAAAUGACGAUGAAGAGACUUUUACUAAUGCUAAAACCCUCUGUUGUAUCAGCGCAACCUUCCCACACUCACCCUCUGGUAGCACUCAGUUUUGCAUGUGUUAUUGACUCUUUUAUGGGUUAGCGGGUUGAGUUUGUUUCACAGUUUCUUAUUUGCACGCAUCUUGUUUGAUAAAAUGUCUAUAUGGGUAUGGUUAUAUUGUAAUGCUAAUAUAGCUGGAUUUUAUGACUUGUUUCUUGGCAAAUAUCCAAAACUUGAACCUUAAUUGAAUUUGAAGUUCUAAUAGUGCUAAAGAAGUGCAGGUCUUACACUUUUUGAAUAAUAGGAAUAAGGUGCACCGUGAAUCCAUUAACUUUUGUCAAGAAAUUCUGUGGAAAAAGUCAGUUGAAUGGAAAGCAGUGCUUGAAAACAAUUUGACAGAGCCCAUCAAUAAUGUGGACCUGGUUGUUGCAAUUGGUGGCGAUGGAACUCUUCUGCUGGCCAGCCAUUUAAUGGAUGACAAAAUUCCUGUUCUUGGACUGAACUCACAUCCUACUCGGAUUGAUGAGUUUUGUAUACAUGCAAUCUUUGUUUUAAAUAUUCAUAUAUUGGCUUCAGAGUUUAGACAUUUCAUUUGAACUCAUUCAUAUUUUAUUUGUAAUAGGUGGAAAUGUUCAGUGGUGAGUUUGAUGCUGCCAGAAGCACUGGUCAUCUCUGUGCUGCAACUGUUGAAAACUUUGAACAAGUUCUAGAUGGUAUACUCGAAAAUCGAAUAGCUCCUUCCAAGUUAACAAGGAUGAAGAUAUCUGUAAAUGCACUACACUUACCAACUUAUGCUCUCAAUGAUAUCUUAGUUGCAAAUCCAUGUCCUGCUUCAAUCUCUAGAUUCUCCUUCAGGAAAACCAACCAUUUUUGCCACUAGUUAACGGUAGAUCGAGUGAUCUAAGGGUUUCAACGGCUGCCGGUUCAACGGCUGCAAUGCAUUCAG